CUUCCUGCCGGCCCGAGCAGGUCCAGCCGGGCGCGGCGUCCGCGGCUGCCCGAGCCAUGGUCGCGCUGGAGAACCCGGAGGGCGGCCCCGAGGAGGCGGCGGCGGCGGCGGCGGGGGGCGCCCCGGGCGGGCGGCGGAUGCUGCCCCUUCCGGGUUGCCUGCCUGAGCUAGCCAGCUCCCAGGUGAAGAGACUGUCAGCCUCCAGGCGGAAGCAGCACUUCAUCAACCAAGCAGUGCGGAACUCCGACCUGGUGCCUAAGGCCAAGGGGCGGAAGAGCUUGCAGCGCUUGGAGAACACCCAGUAUCUCCUAACCCUGAUGGAGACAAAUGGGGGACAGCCAGGUCUGGAAGAUGGGGACACAACACCAUCUGCAGCCCCAGGCAUCUUCGCAGAGGCCUGCAACAAUGCCACCUAUGUGGAGGUCUGGAAUGACUUCAUGAACCGCUCUGGGGAAGAGCAGGAGCGUGUGCUCCGCUACCUGGAAAACGAAGGCCAGACCAAGGCUCGAAGGAGGGGGCCCGGCCGUGGGGAGGACCAGCGGAGAGAGGACCCAGCCUACACACCCCGUGAGUGCUUCCAGCGCAUCAGCCGCCGUCUGCGAGCCGUGCUAAAGCGGAGCCGCAUCCCCAUGGAAACACUGGAGAGCUGGGAGGAGCGCCUGUUGAGGUUCUUUUCCGUGUCUCCCCAGGCUGUGUACACGGCCAUGCUGGAUAACAGCUUCGAGAGGCUCCUGCUCCAUGCUGUCUGUCAGUACAUGGACCUCAUCUCAGCCAGUGCUGACCUGGAGGGCCGGCGGCAGAUGAAGGUCAGCAACCGGCACCUGGACUUCCUGCCACCAGGGCUGCUCCUGUCUGCCUACCUGGAGCAGCACUGAUGACGGCCCCUGGUGCCCCGCCUGCCACCUCACCCAGCUCCAAGACCUGCUAACAUACCUUCAAUAUUUUUAGAAUUUGUCCUUGGAAACCCUUUGGGUGACUCUUACCCAUCCCUUCCCUGCCCAGCUCUCACAGAUCAUGUCGGCAACUAGGGCUAUCUAGACUAUCCCAGCCCUGUAUGUCGCUCUCCACCCUGGGACUUGUAUUUGGGUGAAGAGAGCUGACCUGGGCGACUUCCAUGUUUCUUCAUUGUUUAGGUUUUUUGGCCCAGGCAAAGAGGGAGAAUCUGAGUUUUAUCACUUUUAAUGAAUUUAGCAUGAUUUGUUGUAGAUUUUUAAAUUUCCAUUUUAAAGAGAAAAACCAAAAAAACUUGCCCCAGAUGGCAAAUGGUGGGGCUUUAUCGCAGCCCUUGCUUGAUUCCACGCCCUGCCCCUAGGUUUUUAGCUGUGAUGGGGCUGAUGUCGCUGAGACGCUGCCCCUUACCCCAGACGCAUUUUGUCUUGUGUGUUUGUGUGUGUGUGCAUGCGUGGGCCCACAACCCAGGCAAGCUUCAUCUCAAGGGCUGGUUUUAUGCUUUUUUGUUAUGCGUGUGUCAUGCCCCCCCACCUGCUCUCCACAUCAUCCCCUACCCUUGUUCCCUCCCUUUCUACUGGGGAUCCAGGACUUCCAGCCAGAAGCCUCUGACCUCUGUUACCCCAUCCCUUCCAUGCCCCCUUCAUGUCCCCUCUGCCCUCCUGCCUGGCUCUGAUCACCAUGCAGGGGGCCCCUGUGGAAAGCAGGCCUUGCUGUCUCCUCUCCUCCCUCCCCUCCAGUGUGCUUGACUUGCUUGGGGGAAAGGGAGUGUUUAAUAAACCCCUGGUGCUCUGGC